GGGAUGAACAAUAUCCUCCUCCGAAAGGUAGGCAAUUCUAGCACGUCUCUUACCUCGGGGCGUUGAACCAAGACAUGUAGCAACUAGCAAGGCAGAGCAGGGCCGCUUUCCCUUUUCUCCCACCCAUCCAUUAAUUCACCUCAUACCAAUUCCACCCACAACCUUCUCUCCGCUCAACAAGUUCCAUGGCCCCCAAUCUGAUGCGCCACCCCAUCAAGCAAGAAGAGGAGCAGACGCAGCAUCAGCAGCAGCAGCUACCUCUCAACGAGAACGACUCCCAGGACAUGAUCCUCUUCGAGGUCCUCCGCGAGGCCUCGUCCAUGGCCCCAUCCGCAGCCACGCCGACUCCGCCUCUCCCCCCGAUGUUCCUCAGAGCUCGCGCCGCCCCCCAGCCGCGCGCCCGGAAGUACCGCGGCGUGCGCCGCCGGCCCUGGGGCAAGUUCGCGGCGGAGAUCCGCGACUCGUCCCGCCAAGGCGCGCGCCUCUGGCUCGGCACUUUCGACACGGCCGAGGAGGCCGCCGCAGCCUACGACCGCGCCGCCUUCCGGAUGCGCGGCGCCAAGGCGCUCCUCAACUUCCCGCCCGGCGUUUCCUUCCCCGCCGGAGCUUCCGCGGCGGCGAUCGACGACCAGAGACCCCGCGACUCGAUCUAAUCGGCGGUAAGGAUAAAUUAAUGGAUAGAUUAACGGAAUUUUCUGAUCAAAAUUCCAGUUCGAUCGGGUAAAUGCCAUAUAUAUUCAUUCAUUGUCCAACAAUAUGCGGGUGGAGGCGAGAGCUCUGGGACCAAUUUCCUGAGGCCGUUUUUCUUUAAAGAUUAUAUAUAUAUUCUCUUCUUUAAUUAUAUGCUUUUCCUGUAAUUAUAUUAAUUCUUUUGAAAUAUGAACAAUGUCGUGCGUCAUGUUUGAUU